AUAUCAGCAAAAUCCCCUAUCCAAAGCGAGAUUUUUGAAGUUUGCCGAGCGAACAUUCGUGAAGGCUGGACAUGGCGGGCCUCUUUAGCUUUGCUGCAAGAGCCAGUUUCAAGCACCUUGUAUGGAUCCAGGUUUUUGAGAGGCGAGGUUGGAGGAUCGGUCACCCAUCAGUGCUUCUACUCAAUCACGCCAGCCAACAAACACGACCGAAAAUACUGGUGCAAAAUAGCAGGAAGCGGAGUUUGCUACACCAUCGUUUCUACAACCGGCUACACCUCGAAAAGCCACGCGGGGCGAGUGUCUCUCGAGGACAUCCCCCAGAACGGCACCUUCACGGUGACGAUGACAGAGCUGAAGCGGAGCGACGCGGGGACCUACCGAUGCGGCAUCGGCACCACCAACAGGGACCUGUACGUCAGCCUGAACUUGACGGUUUUGGCAGGUAGGACGCUGGCCGGGGAGAGGGGAGGGUCCGCUGCGCCGGCAGCCCGACUCGCAGGGAGCCGUUUGGGGCCGUACGCCGGAGCAUCAGCUCACGCCGCCUGCUCCCUGCACACAGCAGGCGUAUCGACUUUUUCUGUCCUCUGCUAUUAA